AGCGAGCGAGCGCGGACGUUGGAAGCAUGGGUCUGGGGCAUUAACGCAACGGAAGCACAGAACACAAAGAAACCCCCCUUAAACAGGGGCAGUGGGCGUUUUGGAGCUUGUAGUCGGAGCCAACAGCUAUUCAGCAACCCAUAUGUUCAAGGGCGAAGCUCAACCGAGUGAAGAUAGAUCCGAUAACCACAUCACGUUACAGGGAAGACAAAGUCAAGAUGAUGCAAUUGGAGCUUGCUUCUAAGGUGUUGAGCUGGUCCUAGUUUUAAGCGCUGAAGAUGGAGGGCACCCUGUCGUCAGGGACGUCGGAUGGCCAGCUCUCGGCCAAUAACGUGGAGUCGACCGGUGCCCACGCAAAACACCUCAACGACGACACGGAGCGUAGCUGCAGUCCGUCCGUGCUGAGCUAUGUGAGGAGCAGUUGGAAGGAGGGUCUGCUGAGCAGGAAGAGACCUUUUGUGGGGAGAUGCUGCCACUCCUGCACCCCACAGAGUCAGGAGAGGUUCUUUAACCCCAGCAUUCCAUCUCUCGGACUUCGUAAUGUGAUCUACAUAAAUGAAACGCACACAAGGCACCGUGGCUGGCUCGCUCGGAGACUCAGCUACGUGCUGUUUGUUCUCGAGAGGGACGUGCAGAAGGACAUGUUUGCUCGGAACGUGGUGGAGAACGUGCUGAAGAACAGCAGGGUGGAGGCUGCCAUGGUGGAGGUAGCGAUGGACGGCGAGGGGGGGGAGCAGGGGGACGAAGCGGACCAGAAGGCCCUGCAGAAGGUCCAGAGGAAGGCCCGGAACCUUCUACAGGAGAUGGUGGCCAACAUCUCACCAGGACUCAUCAGACUGACUGGCUGGGUUCUGCUAAAGCUCUUUAACGGAUUCUUCUGGAGCAUCCAGAUCCACAAGGGCCAGCUGGAGAUGGUGAAGAGGGCUGCCGCAGAGAACAACGUGCCACUGGUGUUCCUCCCUGUGCAUAAGUCUCACAUUGACUACCUGCUCAUCACCUUCAUCCUCUUCUGCCACAACAUCAAAAGCACAAACAUACCUGACAACAACCUCAACAUUCCCAUUUUCAGCACGCUGAUCCGUAAGCUGGGAGGCUUCUUCAUCCGUCGCAGGCUGGACGAGACGUCGGACGGCAGGAAGGACGUCCUGUACCGCUCCCUCUUGCACGCGUACACAGAGGAGUUGCUACGGCAACACCAGUUCCUGGAGGUGUACCUGGAGGGCACGCGGUCCCGCAGUGGCAAGCCGUCACCGGCGCGAGCUGGGAUGCUCUCCAUCGUCGUGGAUACGCUCUGCACCAGCAACAUCCCAGAUGUGCUCAUCGUGCCCGUGGGCAUCUCCUACGACCGCAUCAUCGAGGGCAACUACAACAGCGAGCAGCUGGGCAAGCCCAAGAAGAAUGAGAGCAGGGGGCUGGCCCAGAGGUUUAGAAUGCUGAAGGAAGAACCACGGUGUCAUGCGGUGGACUUCACCCAGCCCUUCUCUCUCAAAGAGUAUCUGGACACCCAGCGGUGUCGCCACCUGCCAGUUCCUUUGACUCUGGAGCAGAUUCUGCUGCCCACCAUCAUCGACGCACAGCCAGAUGAGGUGCUGUUCCGUGAUGAAGAGCAGCCGGUGUCUCGAGAUCUCAACGACGAAGCCUGGAGGAGGCAGGUCAUCUUCAAUCUGGCCAAACACGUCCUCUAUACGGCCAACAAGUCCUCGGCCAUCAUGUCAACACACAUUAUCGCCUGUCUUCUGCUCUACAGACACAGAGAGGGUGUCGGGCUGUCUAAGCUGGUGGAGGACUUCUUCAGCAUGAAGGAGGAGGUUCUGUCCAGGGACUUUGACCUGGGAUUUUCCGGCAGCUCCGAGGACGUCGUCAUGCACGCGCUGCAUCUCCUCGGCAACUGCGUCGCCCUCCGCAGCUCUGGUCGCCAUAGCGACGUCAUCAUCUCUGCUCGAGACAGCGUGCAUGCCCUCUUUGAGCUCAACUUCUACAGCAACGGCCUGUUCCAUGUGUUCAUCUCAGAUGCCAUUAUAGCGUGCUGUGUGUUGGCAAUGUUACGGGAGCAGGCAGCAGAAGCCUCCGGAAGUGAUCAUGGUGGCUCCACCCUGUUGAGCCAGGAGCGUCUGAUUCGAAAGGCAGCUGGUCUGUCACACUUCCUGUCCAAUGAGGUGGCAGUGGCACAGCCGUGCCAGACGCCCUACCAGGUCUUCCAGGAGGCGGUCACCCGUCUCAUGCAGUAUGGAGUUCUGCUAGUGGCUGAGGAGGAUCAGGAGGAGUUGAGUCCGAGCCCCACGGAGGAGGUGUGGCCUAAACCCUUCCCGCCCUCCUUGUCGUGGCGUAACGAGGAAGAGGACGAGGACAGUGACUUUGGAGAGGAGCAGCGAGACCGCUAUCUGAAGUUGAGCUCGUCGCCGGAGCAACAGGAGUUCAUCUCCUUCCUGCAGAGCAUGCUCAGUCCGGUCCUGGAGGCGUAUAGCGGAGCGGCCAUCUUCAUCCACAGCCUGACCGAGCCUGUCCCAGAGAGGGAGUACACACAGCAGCUCUUCAAAUACCUGCUCACACGCGCAGAACGAGGCAUCGCCGUCUACGGGGAGAGUGCGACACACUACCUGGUGAAGAACACCGUGAAGACGUUUAAAGAGCUUGGGGUGUUGAAGGAGAGGUGGGAGAAUAAGGUGGUGUAUCUGGAGCUGAGCAGCACCUUCCUGCCACAGGAGAACCGCAACAAACUGCUGCACUACAUCCAGGGUUUCAGUCUGCUGUAGACACACACACACACACACACACACACACACAGGCACAGGCAAACCACCAACUGCUGCACUACAUCCAGGGCUUCAGUCUGCUGUAGAGUUGCACAUAGAGAGGCAGAACACGCAUAAACACACACACACACACACACACACACACACACACACACACACACACACACACACAUUGUAGAAACCGUUUUCGUACUGUACAUGCACAUAUAUAUGGAGAAUUAAACACACACACACACACAUGAACGCACACUUGGACCUGGACUUCUACCACCACCUGUUAAAGGGCUUGAACUGCUUUCUCUUUCUGGACGAGAGGCUACUGUGAAGAAGUUAACCUGGACGUGCCUUCUUUGUGCACACACACACACACACACACACACACACAAUCAUAGCCUUUCAGUUUGCCAGUGAAAAUCCAUUGGCAUUAAAUGAGUUAAUUUCCGGUCGAAGGGUGGAAUGUACGACCCCCCACCCCCCAUUAUGAGUUUAGCGGUACUUAUAACGUUAGGUCCAGCGUAAGAAUGUCCUUCACUUAACUCAGAUCGCCCAGCAGAACCGCAGCCCAAUCACUGGGUGCCGUCGGAAAUAGUUCCCCCUAUGUAGUCAUGGGCAUUUUAACUUUCAACUCUAAACUUGAAAAUAGUUUGAACUGGUCAUGUAUAUUGUAUGUAUGUAUGUAUGUAUGAAUGAAUGUAUAAUAAUUAACUUUUUUCCUUAAACGUUUAUUUGGUAGAGAGGGUGGUGAGAUGUUAUUUUUGUUGAUUUUGUUUACUGGUGUUUUCAUGGGUCACAUGAUGGUUUCAGUGCUGCAGUUCACAGGUAGUCUGUCUCCAACUGUAUGUUUUCACUUCCGUUAUGAAUCUCUUAGAGAUGACUCUUUAAUUGUUUGUGUGUUUUUGUUUGUUUGUUUGUUUGUUUGUUUGUUUGUUGGUUGAUGUUUUUGUUAUUUCAUUUUCAUUAAUGUUUUUUUUCCUGAAAGCCUGUCAGAGAGGCAUCACAUGUCACAUGCGUGGUCAUGGGAUCAGGAAGUGUUGGCAGAAGGAGAGAGAAUAAAUCCGUUUUCUGUGUGAACAGUCA